AUGUCUGAAUCCAGAGAGCUAUCACUCAGCGAUUUGUGCACCAUCUGCCGAACCAAUGAGCCCAAAUACAAAUGUCCCCGCUGCGCGACCCCAACCUGCUCCCUCCCUUGCAGCAAGCGCCAUAAACUCUGGUCGCAGUGCUCUGGCGUGCGCGACCCGGCCGCCUAUCUGAAACGCAAGGAGCUCGCGACGCCCGUCGCUUUUGACAAGGAUUUUAACUUCCUAAGUGGGAUUGAGAGAUAUGUUGAGCGAGCGGAGAGGAGUGCGGAGAAUAGAGGGAUUGAGCUGUGUAGGGCAGCUGAUAACGGCGACGGCGACGGUGACGCUGAAAAUGGGAGGAGUCAGCGAUGGAAGAAGCAGACGGAGGGUGUGAAGAAAGGGGAGGUAGGCUUCUUGAAGGGGAUUGAGAGUGCUGGAGUAAAGGUGGUUAGAGCGCCGAAGGGAAUGUCGAGGGGAAAACAGAAUAUGUCGCAUUGGCAUAAGAAACAUAAGAGUCUAAACUGGACAGUUGAAUGGAUACUGAGCGACGACGCACAAAGCCAAAAGGCAAUUAGCAAGUGCCUCGAGUCAACAUCCAUCGCUACAGCGUUCUCUAGGACCUCUCUCUCGAAGCAGAAUGUUGCAGAGAUAAGCACACCUUCACCACCAACAAAGAAACGGAAACUGGAACCGAAGAUCAUUCCAACCUCUAUUCCGCCUACGACCCAAACUACAAACGCAGAAACACGAGGCGCCAUGCUACGCGGCGGAACUCCUGCGUCACGCACACUAAGUCCGGAGCCAGAACCGACAGCCAACCCGACCCAGAAUCCCAAUGAAAACACAGAGGAAUACGAGGAGCCUGGCAACGGAACAAACGCUACUACUGGGGAUGGCAUCUUUGAUCCGCCCUGUGGCAAGGUACCAUCCCUCCACAAAAAGCAUCACUUCUAUCUCCAUCGUCCUCUAUCCCGAUCUCGGAUACCUGUCCUCAUUCCACUCACAGAAUCACUCACGAUUACGGAUGCUCUACGGAAUCGUACAGUGCUGGAGUUCCCUACUUUUUAUGUCCUCCCGUGGGCAGCCGAUGAGUUGCCGGCAGAUAGGUUUGUGUCGGAGGAAGUGUAUCUGAGAGAGAAUGGAGAUGGCGGGGAUGGAGAUGUAUUGGACGGAGCGGAGGAAGACGAAGAAGAGGGGGUGGAAGGAGCAGAAGAGAAAGAGGGGAAUGAUGUUCUCCAGAGUGUUGAUGAGAAGAAGGUGUUGGAGAUUUUGUGUAAGGAUUUGGAGGUAGGAGGGUGGGAGAGGUGUUGA